AGUGAUAUAAGACUAGGCCAGGCGUUAAUUUUCUACAGUGUAAUAAGCCUUAUCGCUUCCGUUCUAAUAUUUUAUUAUAACUUAUUGCAUACCUAGUAAGAUUUAUAAUUUGGCAUCUGCUAUUCAAACUUCUAAUAUUUUUUCCAGUAUUAUUUUUUACUUUUAUUUUUAAGUUCAAUUUCUGUGGACUUAAUACUGUUAACAUUAGCGACCUAACGAAUUGUCUUCAUAGCGGACUUUGCAGUAAGCUGACUGUCAAGAGUUUGAAAAGGAACAUAACAUGGCCAGCUAUUGUAGUGUGCCAUUUGGUAUGAAACCAAGUGAUGGAUUUACAAUGGCUCUACCCAGUGGAAAGACUUCCUAUACUUCAGCAGUAAGAAUUGGAAACUGGAAUGAAGAAGCUUAUUUAAAGGAGGAAAAGAAGAGUGAAUUUUUUCAUAAGAAAAAUAGAGGGGAGCUCCUAAGUCAAAAAACUGAUAAGCUGUUAGAGACAGCCCUGUCACCUGUCAGUCUCAGUAUACAAUGUGAUGGAUAUUUAUAUGAUGGAAAUAUUGUCCAAUUGCAAUCAUCUUUCGACAGCACCUUGGUUUUAGCAGCAACUCCAUCACCACCAGAACCUAAUACAAAUGACAUAAACACCUUCCUACCUUCUUGUGCUGUGUCUGCUUCAUCUUACAACCAACCAUGUACUAGGAAUUCAUUCAUAGUGUUCAGGUUAAAUAAGAGUUUAUCACAGGAACUUCCUAUAACUUAUGGUGAAUCUGUUAUACUUCAGACAGUUCAACACAUUGGCAGUCUAAAUCUUUAUAGUGAUAGGUCAUUUUUCCAAGUGAUGAACAAAUCAAGAAAUCAGGAAGUUAUUUUAUGUAAGGGUGGCACCCCGAGUAAUUUCUGGAGGGUAAUUUUUCCUGAUCAAGGAUGGAGAUUGGAGAAGGAAGGGUCACCUGUCCCAGUUCAGACAGACAUAAUUUUCAAUCAUGUUUUUUCCAACAAGUAUCUUGCUCUUGAAGAUUCCAAGAAGAUGACUGUUUUUGGUGCAGAACAGUUAGUAAAAUUGCAUGACCAACCAAUAAAAAGAAGUCUCUGGCAGCUUGUUGUUAACCCAGCCACGAAGAAAUGACCUAUUAAAUCUUCAAAGUAGAUUAGUGUUGAUAUGAUAAAAAUAAUGUAACUUGGACGGAUUUAGCACAAUCAUAAGUAGUUUUGUAUAGGGUGUAUGUUGAUACUAGGUUUGACAUUAAGUGAAAUUUAUAAUUUAAAAUAUGUAUUAAUGUGAUUAGUAGAAGUUAUUGUCGGAUAAAUUUAAAUAAUGAACUUUAAAUUAUCAAUUUAAAUGGAAACAUAUUUUAGAUGAGUAAGAUGGCAAAUGUAUUGUAGAAUUAAAUACACAAACCUUUGACAAACAUUGUUUCUACAUCUGCUAAUGAAGUUGUAGUAUUUUGUUAUAGUAAGUUUUAAUAUAACAUAAAAUAAAAUAUGCGUAAGUAAGGCUGGUAUUGUUUUAAACAUUAAUUGUGAUGUUAUGGAGUAUUAAUAGAAUCUCGCUAGUUAGUAUUUUCCACAAGACGUGGUAUGAAACAAUUCAGAUAAAUAAAUAAAUAGAUUAACACACCCA